CGAAGUAAACCGGAGUCAUCAUAUCAUUCGAUUAUUAUUUAUCCUAAUUAUCUUUUGUCCAUUAUUCUUGGCAUCAACCUGUUUGAUUCCACGAAUUUUAUUUUUGGAUAUGAUAUAUAAAGUUGAAAACGAUGUAAUAACUAUGCACAUAUAACUGAUUGAUUUAAUGAAGUUAUUAUUUUCAUGAAGGAUGGACACACGGAAGUUAUUUCUGAAUUUAAUAUUAACCCAUGGAAAUAAAGUAACCGAUGUAGAAGAGUCAAUUAAAGAACUACAGAAAUAUGAGAAUGACAACAACCUUAACAAAUUUAAGGAAACGCUAUCAAAAUUAAGCCAGAAGGAACCAGGUCUGGCAUUGGAUACAUUUGGUCUUAUUCGUGGCUGUAGAUUUGAAGAUGGAUGUCAUCGACAACAAACAGUUAGAGAUAAUGAUGUGGAAAAGACGAACGCUUCCAAACCUGCAGCAACAACAGCACCCCAUCCAAAACCUGCCUACCGGCCAGAUAGUUUGGCUGAUUUGAUAGACAUUAUUAGAAAUGCUACACAAAAAGGACAACCUAUUAAAGCUGUCGGAACAAAUCAUUCUUUGGAAUGGACUGAUAUCGAACAAACGCAUGGCAUUCGAAUAGACAUGAGUCAAUUGAAUGAUGUCAGCCAUAUCAACAGAGAAGUCCUGAAAACAGAAUUCCAGGGACAGUUCGAUGACAGGAUGCUCUGCUCUUUUGAAGCAGGGGCCACGAUAAAACGUGUUCAAGAAUAUCUGUGGCCUGUUGAAUUUAGGGAAACUAGACAUCCAGAGCAGUACAGAGUUUUGCCAAAACAAACUGGUUGCACCAAUUUAUCUUUGAGUGACACUAUAGCAAAUGGUGGCCACGAAAAUGGUUUCACAAAGUCUAUUAUUGCAGAAAUGGUCUUGUCGAUCUGUUUAUUGACGGUAAACAAAAUCGGUGAAGUUGUACAUAAGCACAUUGAACCAACAAAUGGCAUAACCAAUCCUGCAGCGUUUGAAAAGAAGUUCAAAGAACGAGUCCUCAUUCAGAAUGAUAAUACUUUUCAUGCGGCCCUUAAUAACAUUGGUGGUUUGGGAUUUGCUUAUUCUUAUACUCUUCGUGCUGAAAAUGCCUAUUAUCUAACAGAAUACCGUUACAUGGUCACGUGGGAGGAAGCACAGAAGGAAAUUCCAAUGCUAUAUAACCGAAAUAUAAAUGAACGAGAGCGGAAACCAGGUUCCCUGCACAGUUUCGAAUUAUUUAUAAGUCCGUAUCCUAUGUUGCAUGGAGGUCCAGUCGAUGUCAUAGUAUGUACCUUAGAAUAUUCAAGCGGUUUACCAGAAGGUAGUCGACCACGCUGGUAUAUCAUACCUCAUGAAUGGAUACGUUUAGGUUUUGUUCGGGCGUGCGAUACCUAUCCAGAUAUUAUUCCCUUGCUUAUGAAUAACAUUAUGCGAUGUACAAUCACUCAGGAGCCUGUGACUAUGAAUGCUCCUAAAGCUUUGGAUCCUUUAUCGGGUUUAAAAGAAUCUGGUCAGGUUACCGUAAGCGAAUGUGCUAUUGAAACGCAAACUCCAGCUGAUGUCAUCAAAAAGAUUCAAUCUUUGAUAGAUCGUUAUCAAAUUAUUCGAAAAGAAAACAAACAUCAAUUGGCAACUUCUCCCUUUGUUGUGAGGUUCUCCGUGUCAUCUGGUGUAUAUAUGCCUAUGCAGUACAAUCGGCUGUCGAUGGUGAUAAUCAGCAAUAUGUUAGUAGGAACACCAAAUGCUGAAAAUACUCUACAGCAGUUUAGAAAUUUGACGCAAAACGAAUUUAACGGCCUACUUCAUUUGAGUAUGGUACAAGAUGCAGAUGUAAACAGCUUGAGACAGAUGUAUCCAACAAAUGAAAAUGCUUAUAAGGGUCAUGUUGCUACUUUCAAACGUGUCAUACAGUAACUUGACACAAGAAGGAUUUUCAGGAAAACUUUUAUCAAAGUUUUUUCCAAAGCAGAAUUAAAAAUAAAUAGUAGUAUCUGUUGUACAGUUUAAUAUACGAAUCAUAUAAAAGACGUAACUUUAAGAUAAGUUA